UACGGUACACGUUUUUCCACACUGGCUGAAAUAACAUGAUUAAUACUUUGCCUAUUUAGUCUUGCUUAAUUGGUCUCUAACUUGAGGCAGCUAGUACAUCCUUUGCUUGAGAAUAUCUCCGGACCUUACCAUAUUAAAGCGCUGAGUCACUCCCUCUGCAAAUCCCAUGUACCCUAAUUAAGAUUGGUUGUGGUGACAAGACAGGCCAAGCUGAAAUACAAAGAUGUGCUACGAGCCAUCAAUUUUGUCAUUUGCCAGUGUCAAUCCAGCCAUUCAACCAAUUCAAUGCAACGUCUAAAACAUUGCUCUACAACUGGCCAUCUUAACUUCAUUGCAUUACAACCUUUGUGUGCUACAAGGCUUGUCUGAGCACUGUGUGUGUGCAUGCGUGCGUGCAUGCGUGCAUGAGCAAGAACAUAUGGGUGUGUCUACUAAGAAUCACUCUGAAUGUAGCCACUCCCAAUUCUGUCAUUUGUGAAAAUAGAAAAUGAAAAAAGGGAAGAGUCUAUAGAAUGUCCUUUUCUCACAGAAAGGAGGAGAGAGAGAGGGAAAAAAACACUGAAUAAGCUAUACUCGUAAGACCAGUUUUUCAUGUGCAUGAACUCCUAUUCACACCGGGACCUGAUUUAGCCACUUCACAGAUGAGUGUCAGACAGAGAGACACAGAAAACAGACAGCCGGAAAAUGAGUCUGCAGAGUUCUUUGACAUGCUGGAGAAGAUGGAGGUCCCGAAAGCUGAGGAGCUGAGGACAGUUCCGCAGAGGCAUAAGGAUGACUACAUUCCCUACCCAAGGAUAGAGGAGGUCCUGGAGAAGGGCGGCCCGUACCCCCAGGUCAUCCUGCCCCAGUUCGGGGGGUACUGGAUCGAGGACGCAGAGACUCUCGCCGGCACCCCCAUCUCCACAGAUAGCAGCUUCUGCGAUGAGGAUGACGGUGGCGGGAUGAGCCCCAGCGGGCCCUACGGGUUCCGGCUGGAGUGCAACAGCACGGCCCGGGCCUACCGCCGCCACUUCCUGGGCAGGGAGCACAUGAACUACUACUGCACGGGCAGCAGCCUGGGGAACCUCAUCCUGUCCCUGAAGCACGAGGAGGCAGACAGCCAGGAGUUCUUGCGCAUCAUUCUCAGGUCACGGACAAAGACAAUCUAUGACAGGAUCUCUCUGGCGGGACUGACGCAGCUCCCCAGCGUCCCACAGAUAGCCAAGCUGCUGUGUGAUGAUGUCACAGGCCUAAAGUUCAGUCCAGUUCUAUACCCCAGGGGCUCCCAGUUGAUUGUCAGCUUUGAUGAACAUGAAAUUAACAACACCUUCAAGUUUGGGGUCAUCUAUCAGAAGUUUGGUCAGACAUCGGAGGAGGAGUUGUUUGGGAACAACGAGGAGACGCCUGCUUUCACUGAGUUUCUGAGCGUGCUUGGGGACUGCGUAGAGCUGCAGGACUUCAAGGGUUUCCGGGGAGGGCUUGAUGUGUCUCACGGCCAAACAGGCUCUCAGUCCGUCUACACGGUCUUCCGGGAGAGAGAGCUCAUGUUCCACGUGUCCACUAAGCUACCAUACACAGAGGGAGAUCCGCAGCAGCUUCAGAGGAAGCGGCACAUUGGGAAUGACAUUGUGGCGACGGUUUUCCAGGAAGAGCCUACGCCGUUUGUGCCGGACAUGAUUGCCUCCAACUUCCUCCAUGCCUACAUCCUGGUACAGGUGGAAAGCCCCUGCACAGAGCACACUACCUACAAGGUGUCUGUUACCGCUCGGGAGGAUGUGCCGCCCUUCGGCCCGCCCCUCCCAAACCCGGCCGUCUUCAAAAAGGGCCCAGAGUUCCGGGAGUUCUUACUGACUAAGCUGAUAAACGCGGAGAACGCCUGCUACAAGUCGGACAGAUUUGCCAAGCUGGAGGGACGGACGCGGGCUGCGCUGCUGGAUAACCUUCACGAUGAGGUGCACAGACAGACGCAGGCGAUGAUGGGGCAGGGGCUGGGCUCCGACGAGGAGAAGCUGGAGAACGGCAGUCACGGGGGACUGCUGGAGUCCUUCAAGCGGGCAAUGCGGGUGCGCAGUCACUCCAUGGAGACGAUGGUGGGGUCGCAUCGUCACCGGAGCCCUGGAGGGGGGGCCGGCGGCGUCCCCGCCAGCCUGAGCGGAGGGGGCCUGACUCAGACCAGCACAGAGUGCACCAAGAGCACCUACACUCCUCCAGCACUGUCUGCUAAGUCCCCCCUGAAGAGCCCAGUGAAGCGAAGAUCAGGACUCUUUCCUCGACUGCACUCAAGCACAGACAGCCAGACAGACAGACAUUCACGCAGCGAGCAAAGAACCUCAGACAGCACUCAUCUGUCACAGGAAGUGAGGUCAGAGCCCUCUUCAAACCCUAGCUCCCCAGAGAUCUGCCCAAAUAAGGAAAGGCCGUUCAUCAAGCUGAAAGACUGCAGCAGCCGAGCCAACAUCUCCCGCUCCUCCUCCAGCACCAGCAGCUUUAGCAGUGCCACCGGCGAAACGGAGGCCCUGGAGGAGCUGGACCCUAUGAGCACCACGAGCAGCCAACCCUCCGUGGCCUACCCCCCUGUGUACAGCCCCUCCCUCAGUGUGGAGAGCCAAGGUUCCGGAACCCCUGUAAUCAUGUGCCGCAGUCCCACAGACUUGAAGAGCAAAACAUCUCCAAGAUCCAACUUGAAGUUUCGCUUUGACAAGCUGAGCCACUCUACUGCACAGUAGCAGCUGUCUGAAGGCCAGGUGAAGAUCUUCUGAGAGGUGGCAAUGGAGAGAGGGGAAAAGACCUUGUGCUGAAGUGGGGGACACCCUACAUUAACAUCAUCAUCAUCAAAUGAACUGAAUCUUUCCAGGUUUCAAAGGAAGGGACAUGAAAAGACCCAGAGAAGACAACUUUACAGAGAGGUAGUGAGUGACUAAGGAAUUCUUAAAUCUAAAGGAAUUCUAAAGAAGGAUAGAGACAGAGCUCAGAUGACAGAAGAUUAUCUUUAAUUGUCUCACUCCCUAUCUUUCCCAAGCAUUUUGGACAUUUCAAGAGAACAACCCCUUGCCUAUCCAAUGCACAAGAACACAUACAAGUAAAUGUAUUUGCAUGCAUGUACCCACGUACAUGCACACGCACAAACACAUGCACACACAAACAGAAAAACACAUACAGCUACAAAAAAUAAAUUUCUAUUUAUUGGACAUGCUUAUCAGUCAGUUUUACCCCCACACCCCUCCAUUGACAACCAGCACAAUACUCAUCACCAGGGGUGAAUAAAGUAAGGAUAGGACAGUCAGGAUACAUAUAUAUGAAAAAGUAAUGAUAAAUAGCACAGAGGAGCUCCACCAACCAUGUAAAACCAGUGAAACAAUGGCAAGAAUUAUUGGUAGAUAUGCCACAGAUAUUACUAUAGAUAAACCAGAAAUAUUUGACUCUUUUGUUUCUUUUGUGUUCAGUUUUUCUUGAUGAGAGAAAGGCUUGGUUAGUAACAGGAGUUUCUGGUGCUGCAUUACCUUUUGACAAAGCACAGAAUGUUGGAUGUUUUGGCUACUUCCAAUGUUAAGAAUAAGGAGUCAACCAUCUUGUAGUAAUACCUGUGGAUAAAAUUCUGGGAACCCUGUGGAUAUCCAGGAAGUAGUAUGCGCCAGUCACCAUCAGCGUUGUUUUAUUUGUUGCGACCAACAUACUCCAUGAUUGAUGGUGCUCCAUUCUGGUUUUUAACAAUUUGACAUCAUGUCUGUCUUACCCAUAUUUUAUUAUCCAGGUAGUAUGGGGUCUUUAAACAUUGAUCCUGUACCUGUGCUUGAGGAAGCUUUCUGCCUGUAUUGCUCCACCUGCACUGUGUUUGAAGGCAUUGAUUGUCAUACUCUCACUCACUGCCCAAAGCACAUUAAUGGGAAGGGAUUUUCCAUUCAGGAAGUUUGCACACUCCCCCACUGCCAGUGGUACUCUGCUGCGUUCAUAAUGUGCUUUCACCAAGUGGAAUUGCACUAUAUUUGCAGUAUAUUGAAUUAGUUAAAGAGAAUGAACGUUCUGGAAAAACAUACCUUAGAAUGACAAUGACUGGAACUUUGUCCCUUCCUUUCAUUUCUUUACUGAUCCCUAGCUUCUCCUAAAAUGUACUAACGGAGGUAAUCCCCCUGCCUCACCCAUGGUAUGAUCCUACCAUAUAAGCUCUUAUAACUUUCGGUAUACUGUAAUACAGAUGCAUCUCAGUAAACAUUUGACAUAUUGGGCAACAGGUAACAACUAAUAGGAUCAAGCAAACAGCAGAGUACAAUUUUGUACUAAAAGGAAUAAAAUGCUGAACUUAAGUAUCUUAAAUCUACUUUUUUUGUGAAAUGUAGGCAAUGCACUGGUCACAUAUUUCAUGGAGUCCUGUUGAAAAAGGAUAUGUGAGCAUGUUAAGUCUUAAGUACAGCAGAAAUAGCUUUGGGCUUUAGAAAAUCACCAAUUUAAAUGUACUCGUCACAAAUCCUGAAACUACAAUGGUUUUUAGCAAAUGUCAAAAUGCUGUUACUGUAACAGGAAUAAAUCCAUGGUUUUUUAAGAGUCCUUUCUGGAAACUAAAAUAUGUCCCUUCAGAAAUUAUGAUUUGAGGCGACCUUGAAAAGUGAAAAUGGUCCUCACUUGUAAGUUAUUCCUCAAAGGGAUAAUGUCCAUAAAUCCGCGAUGUUCAUCCUUGUUGCUGGUACUCAACCAAUUGUCUCUCGACUCUCGAUGAUGUACAGAGUCCAGGUUCUACAGUCAAAAAUGUUUAAAGAAAAUAAAACAAGACAUGUUGCUGUUAUAGUUUUGUUUAUCUUAUAGUUUGAAGCUUGUCAGUGCCCCUCAGUCUACAUUCUGUUGUGAAAGAGAUAAUUUAUUGCUAUUUUAGCAAAUAGCCUUUUAUGUUGUUGUAAUGUAUAAAUUAACUAAUAAAGUACAUAUAUGAAUUAAAAUAAUAAGAAUUAUAAGGUUAAUUAUUUAAAGAGAAUAAAUCUUGUAUAUGUAUAUUUGGUUAAGUUAUGUGUCAUGCAGAUUUGCUAAAUAAAAUGUUGUAUUUUGUGUCAAA